AUGUUAUUUUCAGCAAAAUUAAAAACUAAAUAUUUUUGAUAUAAAAUAAAUAUGAACCCCCCCAUUAUGAUUAUAGAUGAUUCCUUAGACUCAAUUCUCCAAUCAAUCGAAUCAGCCAAAUCUAAAUCCCGGACAAGUUUUCCUACCAAACAAAUUUUUAUCGUAUCUUGAAAUGUAAAUCUCCUUAAAAAAGCUGCAUCAAGAGACCAAUUUCACCAAUUCAUCUCCGAAAAAUCUCCAGACAUUUUAUGUUUCGAAGAAACAAAAAUCACGCUAUCAGAGCAAAACCGCUUCAAAUCUCUUUUUCCUCAAUAUUCCUAUCAGUAUUGGAGCUUUUCAGAGGAGCUUGAUCAUUGAGCAGGCCUUGCUUUGCUUUCAAAAGCAGAAGCUCAUUCAAUUUAUCAUGGAAUCGGCACUCUAAAUAGCACUGGAAGAGUUUUAUCAGUCGAAUUUGAAGAUUUUUUUAUCUGCGUUUGCUAUUGUCCUCUAUCAAAAAGCGAAGAAGAACAACAAAAAAGGGCGAUUUGAGAUGAAGAAUUAAGACAUUUUAUUAUUGAGCUUCAAAAGAGAAAAAAUGUUAUUUGAAUAGGGGAUUUUAAUAUAAUUCAUACUGAAGAUGAUAUUAUUGGACUUCCUAGUGAUUUAAUCGUACCCCCUGGGUUUGGAAUAAUUGAAAGAAAAUCAUUUGAAAAAAAUUUUGAGUUGGGGUUUGUUGAUAGCUUUAGGUAUUGCAAUGGGGAUGAAAAAAAAUUUAGCUGGAGAAGUAUUAGAAUGCCCGGAUGCCCACUAGGGAGAAUUUGGAAAUCGAGAAUUGAUUAUGCGCUGGUUAGUGUAAGGAUGCUGCCAUAUUUGAAGGAAUCAAUUAUUUUUGAUGAUUAUAAGGCAGUUAGUGAUCAUUGUCCUAUUGGGGUUAAAUUUGAUUUUUCUGUGAAUGAAAAUAUUUAA